AUGGUACACAUAAGAAACCAACUCACUUUCCCUUUCCUUCUCUUCCCUAUAUAUGCCACUCAAUGCCUCUCUUUCCCUACCCAACUGCCAAAUAUGUCCAUCAACACCGAUCUUGAAAAAGAUUGUAUUGAGAUUCACGAUUCCUGGGAUCGAAGAAGCAAUAGCCUCGUUCGAGUUCUCGCCACUCGAAACCUGAUGGAAAGACAACAAAUGAGGAAGAUUUACAAGGCAAUCUAUGGUGAAGAGUUGGUGGAAAGACUAGGGACAACCAAUGUUCAAAAGGAGAGGAAAGAGUUAGUAGCUCAAGCUUUGUCGUUGUGGAUGCUUGAUCCUCAUGAACGCGACGCGGUUUUCGCCCGGGAAGCGCUCGAACAAGGAGACACUAAUUACAAGGCUCUUAUUGAAAUAUUUGUGGGGAGAAAAUCAAGCCAAAUCUUUCUCAUUAAACAAUCUUAUCGAGCAAGAUAUCAAACCAAAUUGGAACAAGAUAUCAUCAAUAUAGACCCUCCUCACUCAUAUCAAAAGAUUCUUGUAGCAUUGGCUGCCUCACACAAAGCCCAUAAUGCAGAUGUUAGCCAACAUAUAGCAAAGUGUGAUGCUAGAAGGCUGUAUGAAACAGUAAAGGACAAUUUAGUAGCCAUAGAAGAAGCUGUUCUUGAAAUGCUCACUAAAAGAAGCAUUCCACAGCUAAAGCUUACUUUUUCAUGCUACCAACACAUAUUUGGACAUAACUUCACCAAGGCUCUUAAGUUACGAAAUUGCGGAGAAUUCGAGAACGUCCUACGUACAGUCAUCAAGUGUAUAUCUAAUCCUCCAAAGUAUUACGCCAAGGUGGUUUACAAAAGCAUAAAGGGUGAAGAAAAUGAUAAUGGAGCAUUGAGAAGAGUAUUGAUGAGCAGAGCUGAGGUUGAUUUGGAUGAAAUUCAAAGGGCUUUUAAAGGGAAAUAUGGGAUUCAUUUAAGAGGAGCAAUAUGUGAGAGUAUUUUUUGUGAAGAUUAUAGAGAUUUUCUUGUUGCGUUGGCUAUUAAAACAACAUACUGAUUACACCAUACAACCAAAUAGUGUUAUUUUGAUUCAA